AUGAUUCAAACUCUUCUCGUGCUGCUUCUCGUAGCAUUUCUUCUUCUCACGGUGCUGGCCUUCCUUUACGUGUUUCCCAUUCUCCGAGUCAUGAAAGAGAGACCUCUCAAAAUUUAUGAAACCAUUCAUUCCUUGCCAUUCAUUGGCCACACAUUUCUCGCCGAUUAUUACAUGAGUCGAUUGAUCGGAUUUAUCGCUCCCUAUGCCGACAAUAUUCGUCCCAUUAUUGAACGAAUGGAUGAAAAGGAAACGAUUGUUCGAAUCACUGAGAAGGCUUCCAUGAAGAAUCCUUUCAAUUCCAUACACGCUGCUGCUUUGGUCAAUUUGGGAGAUUUGGCAUGUGGUUUACAAGUUACGAAUCAAAUUGCUCCUCGAAAGUUGAGAGCCAUUCCUGUUGAAAUAUGUGCUGAAUAUUACAAAAAAUCACGUGGAGUAAUUCGAGCCAUAUGUAGGGAUGUGGUUCCAUUGGAAUUGAGUCAAAUGGAGCUAUACAGAGAAAGACCUUCGUUUCGAGUUGUGGCUGAGUGUCGUGACGAGAGUAAUGAAGUGGUUGCCUUGAUCAAGAUGAUUUGGAGUGUGGCCAAAAAUCAAACAUCCUCAGAUCAGAAAAGGAAAGAAGAAUAA